CUGCAGAGGCCACAGGACGAGACCGAGGCGCGCGGAGCCGGCAAAGUCCGGGCGCUCUGGGUCCCCGCGCACCGUGGUCCCCAGCCGCUGGCAGCAACAUGGACAGCAGCGCCGUCCCCACCAACGCCAGCAACUGCACCGAUCCCUUCGCGCACUCUUCAAGUUGCUCCGCGCCACCAAGCCCGGGUUCCUGGGUCAACUUGUCCCACUUGGAUGGCAACCUGUCCGACCCUUGCGGUCCGAACCGCACCGAGCGCGGCGGGAGCGAUAGCCUGUGCCCUUCGACAGGCAGUCCCUCCAUGGUCACGGCCAUCACCAUCAUGGCCCUCUACUCCGUCGUGUGCGUGGUGGGGCUCUUCGGAAACUUCCUGGUCAUGUACGUGAUUGUCAGAUACACCAAAAUGAAGACUGCCACCAACAUCUACAUUUUCAACCUUGCCCUGGCAGACGCUUUAGCAACAAGUACCCUGCCCUUCCAGAGUGUCAAUUACCUAAUGGGAACGUGGCCGUUUGGAACCAUCCUUUGCAAGAUCGUGAUCUCCAUCGAUUACUAUAAUAUGUUCACCAGUAUAUUCACCCUCUGCACCAUGAGCGUUGAUCGCUACAUCGCAGUCUGCCACCCGGUCAAGGCCCUGGAUUUCCGUACUCCUCGAAAUGCCAAAAUUGUCAAUGUCUGCAACUGGAUCAUCUCUUCGGCCAUUGGUCUGCCUGUGAUGUUUAUGGCAACAACAAAAUACAGGCAUGGCUCCAUAGAUUGCACACUAACCUUCUCUCACCCAGCAUGGUACUGGGAAAACUUGCUGAAGAUCUGCGUGUUCAUCUUUGCCUUUGUCAUGCCCGUCCUCAUCAUCACUGUGUGCUAUGGACUGAUGAUCUUGCGCCUCAAGAGUGUCCGCAUGCUCUCUGGCUCCAAAGAAAAGGACAGAAAUCUGCGAAGAAUCACCAGGAUGGUGCUCGUGGUUGUGGCUGUGUUCAUCGUCUGCUGGACUCCCAUUCACAUCUACGUCAUCAUUAAAGCCUUGAUCACAAUCCCAGAAACUACUUUCCAGACUGUGUCUUGGCACUUCUGCAUUGCUUUAGGCUACACAAACAGCUGCCUGAACCCAGUCCUUUAUGCAUUUCUGGAUGAAAACUUCAAACGAUGCUUCAGAGAGUUCUGCAUCCCAACUUCCUCCACCAUUGAGCAACAAAACUCCACUCGAAUUCGUCAGAACACCAGAGACCACCCCUCCACAGCCAAUACAGUGGAUAGGACUAACCAUCAGCUGGAAAAUCUGGAAGCAGAAACUGCUCCAUUGCCCUAACUGUAUCCAUGUUAUUCAGACCCACACCCAACUUAGACACCGCCACCUAUACUGAAGCAGGUUGCUGUCAGAAUGUGUAGGAGGCUCUCUAGUUUCCUAAGGAAAGUUCCUGCUUCUGAGUCAUCAAAAUUCUGUCCUCCGGCCAUUCGCCUCUGCACAUGAGAAGGAUACCCACACUAAAUCAAGCACUCAGAAGGAAAGAAAUCUAACACACUGUUAAGUCCAGCUUGUGUAUAUAAUCACAUGGAAGAUGUUCAGUGGGACCAAAACACACCAUGGUAUGUGUAAUGGGGUCAUCAGUGAAAAUGACCCUUAUGUAUGUAAUAUUUCAUUUUUAAGCAGAUAUUUAUGACCUCAUCAAAGAAAAAUCAUUGAUUGUUCAAUUCACUAUAGUAACACAUAAAGUAAAUGCUACCUCCGAUAAAAGUCCAAGUCUUUCUAGUCUUUUGUAAGGGAUUACUUAUUCUAUUUUUGACCACCUAAUGUCCACUUUUAAAUUAUUAUCUAGAUAAGACAUCAUUUCUGCUUCCAUUUCAUGGUUUGGAAUUCUUUAAAUUGGUAUUCUAUUCCAGCUGGCUCCAUAAUUGUUAAAGGAAAAGAUUAACGUGAAAUGUAAGCUAAAACACAGUGCAGUCAUUUGCGAAAGGGUGAUUCUUGUGCAUGGCAAGUACUUCCUAAGAAUUAUAAAAGGAUUGUUCAGUUUUGGUCUUUCAGUGGUUGACUCAGCAGUUUUACCUGUAUGAUUCCCAUGCUCUCACCUACAUGCUCACAAGAGGUUAACAAUUGGCCAAUGAGCUCAUCACUUCAUUCAUGCAAGAUGUCUAGCAUUAAAAUGGACUUUUCAUUUCUCAGUAGUUUCUCCAUCAUGCAUGCUCCUUGUACAUAGUAUUUAUUUUUUAACUCAACUCAAAAUAUUCGAAUUGGUAUGAAAAAAUGACAGAUGAUUUCGUCGAUGGCCAAGACAGUUUAUACUUUCUUUAAAAGAUGUAGACCCAAUAAGCUUAAUCUCAAGAUGGAAAGACUCAGAAUAUGUGAUCUGCUUUUUCAUCCUGUGUAGUUAUUUGGACAUGAAAUAUUAACAAUGGCCCAGAAAUAUGUCCCUGAAGAAUGUGUUUAUGUAACAUCAUCAUCAAUAGUUUGUUCCUUUUGAUCUCUGCUAAAGGUGAGGAUUUCCUUUGUAAAAAGUCAGUCUACUAAACUGGUUUUCUGGGACAGCU